UAAUUACGCCCUCGCCACCCAUUUUACUAUUCUUUCAUUUUCAAGCUCUAGCUAACUUCAGAAUCCUAAAUUGGGUCUUAUCUUUAUUCGAUUCACGUCCUCACCUUAACCCCACCUAUUUUACACCGUUAUUCCUUCAUUUUAAGACUCUAGCCAACUCGAGAAUUCGAUCUUAUUCGGUUAUAGCCUAUACCAUUAUAUCUAGAUAAGGUGCUGAAUUCGAUUCACGCCCUCACCUUAACCCGUCAUUAUUCCUCUUUUUCAAUCUCUAUCUAACUCAAAAAUUGAGUCUUAUCUCAAUUAUAAAGUACACCACUUUAACUAGAUAAAGUGUUGAAUUCGAUUCACGCCCUCAUCUUAACCAGACCCAUUUAACACCAUUAUUCCUUUAUUUUCAAGUUCUAUCUAAUUCGAAAACGGGGUUGUAUCUCAAUUAUAGCAUAUACCACUUUAACUAGAUAAAGUGUUAGAAUUCGAUUUUUACUGUCCCUCUAUUAAAUCUCUCUUUUUCUCGGUGUACCCAGUAAUAAAAAAACAACCAUAAUCAAAUGGGAAAUACUCUAGGAAACAAGAGAACGACCAAAAUAAUGAAAAUAAGUGGAGAAACAAUGAAGUUUAAAACACCCAUUCAAGCUAAAGAUGUGGUGAAAGACUACCCGGGUCACGUAGUGUUAGAUUCCGAGGCUGUAAAGCAUUAUGGAAUUCGGGCCAAACCACUUGACCCAUUUCAAAAUUUGGAGCCUAAAAAGCUUUAUUUUUUAGUGGAGCUUCCUAAAUUUCCUAAUGAUCAUAAACAUCGUGUACCAAGACGGGUCCGGUCUGGGAUCCAUAUGUCGGCUAAAGACCGUCUUGAGAGCUUAAUGCUGUCAAGACGAUCAGUGUCGGACCUCUCCAUCAUGAGACCAACGACUAGCGUCGUGGUCGAUAGUGAUGGAUGGUCCGACGACAUAAAUGACGGGUUAAGAGUGAAAUUAAAGGUCCCGAAAAAUGAGGUCGAGAGGUUGAUGAGCCAAAGUAGGGAUCAAGAUGAAGUUGCUAUGAAGAUUGUGGAGUUGUGUUUAGGAAAAAAUGGUCAAAAUUAGACAGAGUAACGAAGGUGUAACAAGUUGAAAUACAAGAGGUUACAAGAAACGAGUAGGAUUAUUUAUCCAAUUUGCGAAAGAGAAAUCAGACUAGUGGCUUCGUCAUGACUACACUUUCCCAAGUCACAACCCAAAAAAUGUAAAAAAAAAAAAAAAAAAAAAUUAUUGGUACCUUGAUGUUUUCUGUACAACCACAUGUAUAUAAUUGUACGAAAAUAUUUUGCUUGAUUCUACUAUAUGAUAUAUUUAUUUAUUUAUUUGUAUUUAUCUUUUUGAAAUUUUAAAAAAAUAAAUAAAUUGUAAUUGCAUGUCGUCCCUAAUGGAAAGGUACAUCCUUUAUUUACAAUUAGUGGAACUUACGCCUAGUUUUCUACAAUCUUGUCAUGGACGACCUACUUUGCAAGAUACUCUUCAAAAUUAAUUUGCUCCUUAAAUUCCUAUUAUUAGCUUUAUUUUAAAUAAUUGGGUCGAUCAAGAGAAAAUGAAAUUAGUUGAGAAUCAAAUUAAGAAUUUUUGUCUGAGAAAUAAAAUAAAUGAUAUAUUUACUCCAAUUAUAUUUUUUUAUAGAGCUUUUAAGUAUAAUCCCUCA